AUGGGUUUUGGAAGGAAUGGAAUGGUAAACAAGUUGGAUACAAUUCUGUUAGUUCACAGCAAAGAAAUUGAUUGUAUCGUUCAGGAAGAUGAAGGCAUCGAGCAUAUUGGAGUAGCAUUUUCAGGGCAAAACGAUUGGACACAGAUGACGAGUCCGAUUAUUAGUCGGUUGUCUUUACAAGUAGUUCUUUUAUUUCAUAUUCUGAAUUGCGAUGCUAUUGGUUUACAAGCGAAUGAUUUCUAUGUCGAAAACUUGCCUCUUCUUCCACAGAGUGAAUCGUCGAUAAAUAUGCAUGCUGGAUACCUACCUGUCAAUUCACAAAAUCAUGGUUCACUGUUCUUUUGGCAUUUUCCUAACAAAUUCAUUAGCGACAAAUCAAGAACAAUCAUCUGGUUAAAUGGUGGUCCCGGUCAAAGUAGCCUUAUCGGUGCUUGGACUGAAAUUGGCCCUUUUCGCUUUAUAAAUAACGAUACUAUGGUGGUGAAUAAUGGCUCCUGGCACUUCUAUGCUAAUCUUUUAUUCAUCGAUCAACCGAUCGGUACUGGCUUUUCUUAUGCCGAAAACAAUCGAUUUAUUAAAGAACUCGACGUCAUGGCAGAACAUUUUGUCGGUUUUCUCGACCGAUAUAUCGAAGUUUUUCCGAAACUACUUGAAGACGAUAUCUACUUAGCUGGUGAAUCGUUUGCAGGUCAAUAUAUUCCAUAUAUUGCCAAAGCUAUUCUCGAAAAACGAUCGGUGUUGAAACUACGUGGUCUCAUAAUCGGAAGUGGAUGGAUUGAUCCUGUUUCACUUUAUGAUUCAUAUCUUCCAUAUGCACUUUUAAACGAUUUACUGAAGAAUAACUCAGCGAUUUACACGAACAUUACUCGACUAGUUGCUUGGUGUCACGACAUAUUAUCAAAGCAAGUGCAUGUUUUUGUUGACUCAUGUUUUCCAAUUCUUGAUCAAAUAAUAAAUCAUGGGAGAAUGAGUGGAGAUAACACAGAAGGUUCAUGCAUCAAUGCCUAUGAUAUACGAUUAACUGCAAAAAAGCCGAUAUGUGGGAUGAAUGGGCCCUUGGAACUUGAAUAUGUUUCUGCGUAUUUGAAUCGACCGGAUGUUAUGUCUCGUCUGCAUAUCAAUGGAAAGAAAUCUCAAUGGAAAGAUUUCAUAGAACCUGUUCAUAACGCAUUUCAUGUAUUUACUUCCAAACCAUCGAUAGCAUUACUGCCCGAUUUACUGCGCCAAAUUCCAAUUUUAUUCUUUCAUGGUGAGUAUGAUAUUAUUUGCAAUCAUGUGGCAACAGAAAACAUGUUAGACAAGAUGACAUGGAACGAUGCAGUUGGUUUCAAUCUAGCAAACGGUUCAAAGACUCCGAUCUAUGCAUGGAUGGUCGAUGAUGAAUCUGUCGGUUAUAUGCGAUAUGCACGGAACUUAACAUAUAUUCUUUUUUACAAUGCUGGUCAUAUGGUGCCUUAUGAUCAGUCAUACCGAUCACGUAUAAUGUUACAUCAAUUUAUACAACUGAAUUUAACUUAUUCCAGUGAUCAAUCAAACACCAAUAAGAAAUUUCAGUGUGUGAUUUUGAUUAUCACUGCGAUGACCGUUAUCAUCGUGCUUUUGAUUGGUAUUAUCUGGUUGUUUAUAUCGAAAGAAAAACAAUGUAUGAGAGUAAUACCAGCUCGUCGUUCUAAUACAUGUCAAUCGAAACGACAAUCAGCGAUCUACUCACCUUUCGAAAAUGUCAAGGACGAAUUUGUUACACUCGAAGAUGAUGCUUUAGUAUGA